UGGGCGUGCUGCGGGGCAGCGGCGUUCCCACAAGGAGGCGAGGGGCGCAGCCCGGCCCCCGUAGGCUGGGGAAGGAGGCGGACGACUCCCGCGGCCUUCCGUCCCUCCGUGCCCCGCCUCUUCCCUGGGCCUCGCGCUCCGAUCCCGAGCUGGGCGGGGCUGUUUCCUGAGGCAGGCAGCCACCCAUCGCAGCAGCGCGGCUGUUCCUUGUACUGGCCUCCCCUCCCACGUCCGGCGGGCUGUUCCCAGUACCAGGCGCUCCCCCUGGCGGGAGGGGCGGGGGCAAGGACUGUCCCGGCCGGCGCUGAUCUUAGGCUGCCAUUGGCCGCUGUCUGCGCUGACGUCACGAUCAUGAUGAGAAUUAAUGAUCGGAGGCGCUGAUUUCAUUGUGUGACGCCGGGACCGACCCAGCUGAAACCGGCUGAAUCCGGAGCCCCCCGGACCAACUCCGCCCGCCCCGCCGAGCACGAUGAAUCUGCGUUCUGUAUUUACUGUAGAACAACAAAGGAUAUUACAGCGUUAUUAUGAAAAUGGAAUGACAAAUCAAAGUAAAAAUUGCUUUCAGCUCAUAUUACAGUGUGCACAAGAAACUAAGCUGGACUUCAGUGUAGUCAGGACUUGGGUUGGCAAUAAAAGAAGAAAGAUGAGCAGCAAGAAUGUUGCAGAAUCUGGAGGCACCCCACCAAGGACUGUUCCUAGCACCCCUACAGUUCCUCCAGAAGUAGCAGUCAGAAAUGUGGUAAACAUUGCUCGAUCCCAAAGCCAGCAGUCUUCUUGGACAUCAUCUAACAAUGAUGUAAUAGUAACUGGUAUAUAUAGCCCAGCUAGUUCAUCCAGCAGGCAGGGAUCCACAAAACAGACUAAUACUCUGAUGACUGAGAUACAUAAAAACUCUAUUCAGAGACCACCUGGAAAAAGUGAUACAGAAUUUCAGCAGCAGCAUAUUCCUGUAGGACGACAAGCACCCCAUUGUAAAGGUGCUUCGCUGCUCCUGGGGGAAAAAACUAUUAUUUUGUCAAGACAAACAAGUGUGUUGAAUUCUACAAACUCCAUAUACAAUCAUACUAAGAAAAAUUAUGGUGGUUCAUCAGUCCAGACUGCAGAGUUGGUGUUACCUCAAAAGCCAAUAAUAUGCCACAGGCCAUGUAAAGCUGAACCAGUCGGGAGUCAGAGAUUACACAAAACAGAACACACAGCCCUUGCAUCACACAUCCCAUCUGGACAAAGAGCCAAUGUUCGAGACCCUUCUUGUAGCACACAAAACUUAGAAAUUCGUGAAGUAUUUUCCUUGGCAGUUACUGAUCAACCUCAAAGAAUUAUGGGAGGAAAUACAACACAGAAGCCUUGUUCAGUCGAAGGCAGUUGCCUGUCCAUUGCAAUGGAAACAGGAGAUGCUGAUGAUGAAUAUGCUAGAGAAGAAGAGCUUGCAUCUAUGGGAGCACAAAUACAAAGUUAUUCAAGAUUUUGUGAAAACAGCAGUUCCCUUCGAGUGGAGAACCAAAGCACAGCUUUGUCUGGACCAGGCAGAAAUGUGAGCUGCAGUUCACAGAUGGUGAAUGCCAGGGACUUGCCUGACAAUAUAUUAUAUCAUAACAGAGACUAUCGCUUGCCUCCACGGACCUCAUUACAUACACCAUCCAAUACACUGUAUAGUAGUGCUAAUCCAUCAAGAAGUAACUUUUCUCCUCAUUUUACAUCUUCAAAUCAAUUGAGGCUGUCACAAAACCAAAACAACUACCAGAUUUCAGGAAACCUUACUGUGCCUUGGAUUACAGGGUGUUCCAGAAAAAGAGCACUACAGGACCGCACACAGUUUAGUGACCGAGAUUUAGCCACUCUCAAGAAAUACUGGGAUAAUGGCAUGACCAGCCUGGGCUCAGUCUGCAGAGAAAAAAUUGAAGCUGUUGCUGCAGAAUUAAAUGUUGACUGUGAAAUAGUGCGGACUUGGAUUGGGAAUAGAAGACGAAAAUAUCGUUUAAUGGGGAUUGAAGUCCCACCCCCUAGAGGAGGCCCUGCUGAUUUCUGUGACCAUCCUGAAUCUGGUGCUAAAUCAGCACUUACUCCAGGAGAGGAAACUGCUACUGAAGUGGGAGAUGAUAAUGACAGGAAUGAUGAAGUAUCAAUCUGCUUAUCUGAAGGAAGUUCACAAGAAGAAACCAGUGAAGUUAUUCAAAAUGAAGAAAUUGGUCACAAAGAAGAGGACCAAAAUACAUUAUCUGCAGAUAAUGUGAAAAUAGAAAUUAUAGAUGAUGAAGAAAGUGAUAUGAUUAGUAAUUCUGAAGUGGAUCAGAUGAGCUCUCUUUUGGAUUAUAAGAAUGAAGAAGUUAGGUUCAUUGAAAAUGAAUUGGAGAAUCACAAACAGAAAUAUUUUGAACUACAGACAUUCACUAGGAGCUUGAUACUUGCUAUUAAAUCAGAUGAUAAAGAACAGCAGCAGGCACUGCUGUCAGAUUUACCUCCUGAAUUAGAAGAGAUGGAUUUCAAUCAUGUAUCUCCAGAGCCUGAUGAUACCUCAUUCAGCUUGUCGUCUUUAUCAGAGAAAAAUGCCUCGGACAGUUUGUGAUCUUUAGAGAAAAAUAAUAUAUAUAUACAAUCUUAGACUGCCUAACAGGUGUGCAUUUCAAGAUAACUGCAUUUUGUUAUCUGAUAUCAUUCACUCAACAAAAACCUGGGUUAACUAGGCAGACCUUGCUGAAGGGUGAAUGGGAUGUGAUACGACUGCAACUUGCGGUGACAAGGAAUAUGGAACUUCGUUUUGGGCAAGUGAUAAAGCUACAUGGAAAAAGUUUUAGUUUUUAGCAUCACAGCCUUGAUUUAGGUCAUUUAUAAUUUUCCAAAAUAAUUCUUGCUUUGUAGCAAAAUCUAUUCUGAGCAGGGAUCCAAGAAUGGAAAAUAAAUCGCAGUUACAGAGCCAGGUAACAUUUCAACGUUGCUUGUCAUGUAAGACUCAGCAGUCCUGUUUGUGAUCAUUGCCUUUUCCCUUGCCCCUUCUAACUCAGGUAGGUGGACUGAAAAUUGGGAAUCCAGAUGGAAAAAUGAGCUUGUUAUGGGCAAAUGGGCAGAGUUGUUCUUGGACCCCUGAAAAAAUCUGAAUUAAAAGAUUAAACUAAGGUGCAUAUUGGUAUAUAAGUGCAACUUGUUGAGUCUCCCAUUAUCUCAUAAAAAUGUCUGAAAAACACUUGGAAGACAAAGUGAAUAAAUUUAAUUGGCUUCAAUAAAUUACUCAUGUACAGAAGCAGAACUAAAUGUUGUAAACCAUUAGGCUUUUACUGGAAACGCUUGAUUACUGGAGAAGGCAACUGUUUCUGGUAUUCUUACUAUAGUAAUGGGAUUAGAUAAUGUUACACCAAUAUUUAGAGUUUUACAGUCAUAGUGAUGUUUUUAGUUCACUUCAUUUUAUAAAACCUGAACAGUAAAAGCUCUGGUUCAUGAAGAUUCAAGAAUCAGCUACAUGGAUUUUCUACAAACUAUACUCCAUUUCAUUGCAAUAGUGCUGUCAGCCAAGGACAGUUUUCAUCCCGUCUCCCUCCGAAGCUGUUUUAGUGUUAGAAUCUGGGCCCCACAAAUUUCCUCAGUGUGAUUCAUUGACUAAUUAGCCCAAUUUAAUACAUUGUGUCAUUCCGCCAGCAGACUCCAGGUGCUGACAAAGAAUAAAUUUAGCUGAAGUUUCUAAACUGUGUGCCUGAUAGCUUUAGCCACUCUCUGCUAACUUAUCCUUUCUCAGCGCUCAUUCAUACUAAAUCUCACAUCUCAUUUGAAUAAAUACAUUCACCCUGACACAUUCAAAUAAGUUCAGUAUGGUACACAGUACUGCGGCAUACAGCUAGAACUUGGUAAUUUCUAGUCUGAAUAUUUACAAACUGGCCUCACUAAAACCUUAGGUCACACCAGCUUGAGAGCUAGAUUCUUUCACCCUUACGCUGAAUGGUACCUUAUUCUGUGAAUAGUUCCACUGAAAUUAAUGAGGCUAUUUACUGUAUAAUGGGAGUAAGGGUUGAACAAUCUGGUCUUUCUAAAUGAAAACAGUCUUAAGUGUCCAAAAAGGAAAAUCCAUGCAGAGUUUGCACCCUCUGUCCAUCUUCUCUCUUAAACUGAAUUCAUGUUCCAAGGUGUUCAACAAACUGCUGUCAGAACUUUUUCUGAGGGACAAAUGUAUUCUAUCGUAAAUAUGGUGUUAAUGUAUUAACUUCCUUCUAGCCCUAAAUCUGACAGUCAUUUCAACCCAGUACUGUGAGAAACAAUCACUGUACGGUAUUUAAAUAUAUUAUGCAUUUAAUUUACAUUACUAUACACCCUAAGACAAUAGGUGUGAUUUAUGAUAGGUUUUCUGCUCUGGGUUAUUAACUGUACUUCCUCUAGAUAGGAAGAUCCAGCAACUGACAAUAAACACUCAUGUUUUCAGGAAGCUUUACUGAAGAAAUUUAAAAUGUGGGUCUAGCCCUCAUGCUCCACAACUUGGACCUUAAUUCCGUUACUUCUCCUUGACAUGAUAUGACAAAAGGCAGCAUCUUCUUAAAGCUAAUGCUUAAUCUUGUGGUCUAUGAAUCUUUUUGCAAUUUCACCUUUUACACUAGGUUUCAGAGUAGCAGCCGUGUUAGUCUGUAUCCGCAAAAAGAAAAGGAGUACUUGUGGCACCUUAGAGACUAACAAAUUUAUUUGAGCAUAAGAUUUCAUGAGCUACAGCUCAGUUCAUUGGAUGCAUGCAGUGGAAAACACUGCAUGCAUCCGAUACAGUGAGGUAUAGCUCAUGAAAGCUUAUGCUCAAAUAAAUUUGUUAGUCUCUAAGGUGCCACAAGUAUUCCUUACCUUUUACACUAGUAGCCAAGUAGAAUUUUAUCACUGCCAUUAGUAAUUUUGUAUUGUUCUGACCUGCUUUUUUCCUGACACGACAUCAAACUAAAUCAGCAAGUUCAGAUUGGAUAAACUGUGCCAAAAACAGAAUUCAGUAAACUAGAAUCCUGGUUCAUGAUAUACAUCUAAAAUCCUAGGCUCCACACUCCUUGGCUGGAGUCUGUACUCAGUGUAUUCCUUUGAGCAAAAUAUGCUCUGACUCUUUCUGCAAUAUAGGAUAACAGAGCAUUUAUAAUAAAAUAGUCAUGCUUUCACAUCCAGAAAUGAUCAGCGGCAACGUAGGAUGAUCAAGAAGAAAUAUUGAAUAUGAACUAUGUUCUGAUGUAAUAAGAUGCUCUAUAGAGCAGUACUAUACAGUUGUUUGAGUACCUCCAUGCUUCUCUUCAAAAUAACCUCCAUAAUACCUGCAACAUGAAAAACAAAACUCUUAAUGGUGAGUUAUUACCAGUGCUAGUUAAAAAUAUUGAGGAAAUAUAGAUUUACAGGACAGAGGCUGCAGAGCAACAGAUUUGUUCUUUUACUGCACAGUAUGGUAAAAACUCAGAAGGACAAUUAUGUUUGAAAGUCAUGAAUGGCCAUUUCUGAAUAUUGCAUUCCAGCCAUGCUCUGUCACCACACGUCUCAUGGCUUCAUGAUCUGAUGUUCUGUUCUCCAGAAAGACAGCUAGAUAUAAUAAUUAAGUUCACAGGUUCAGAUUAAUAAGCAUAACAUCAGCAAGUCUCCCUAUGUCUUUGUCCAGUUCUUUAUUUGCUGCCCCCUUUCUCUUGUUUUGACAUCUGGUUGGGGAGCAGUGCUUGUCUAGGAAGGUGCACACACUCUUCAUAUUAAGUGUUUGUGGAGGAUGAGGUUGGGAGGUGCUUCUCCAGUUCUGCGAUCAAACACAGGGCUAUGGUCUUGGGCAAAUUCAGUCCUGACCUCAAGGGGUUCAUCUUCUAUUCACUUAAAUAAUAGGGAAUUGUGACCAUGGAAGAUAGGGCAGAAUUUGGUCCUAAGACCUCAUAUUGUCCAUCCAUACUUCCAGCUAAAUUUGUCAUGAUAACUAGCUGAUCUGUGUCUAAUGCCCAGAAGAGAACACCUUGAUGUUCAUCUCCUGAAUGAAUUCUAGGUAUUCUUCAGCUGACAGAAAGCAAAGAUGGCUCUGUUGAUCUUGGACAUUUUUAGGAUUUUGCUUUACAAUUAUUUCCUUUGUUCAUAGGUAGAUGCUAAUUCAUCUUCCACUGCACUAUAGAUUGCAAGGAAGAUUUAUUUUUCCAUAAAAAAUGGGAGAAAUAAUCAUAGCUGAUACUAUGGUACCAUGGAGGAAAUAUUAAAAAGCAACCAUUUCACUUCUUUGAAUCAUAAAGUUAAACAACAGAUACAGCAAGAGUGCCAUGAGUUGAAGAACCUUCCAUCAAUUUCCUGCUUUGUCAGUGAGGGAUGACUUUAGAGACAUUGUUUAUUCCUGACACAUCUUUUGCAACAUGGGUUAUAGAAGAGUGUACAGUAACUUCUCACUUAACAUUGUAGUUAUGUUCCUGAAAAAUGCAACUUUAAGCUAAAUGAUGUUAAGCAAAUCCAAUGUCCCCAUAAGAAUUCAUUUAAAUAGGUGCGGGGUUAGGUUCCAGGGAUUUUUUUUUUUGCCAGACAAAAGGCAUUAUAUACAUUUUAAACAAGCAAUUUAAUACUACAGUCAUCAUUGCUGAGUAUGAAGCUUGGUUGAGGUGGUGGAGUCAGAGAAUGGAAGAGGGUAGAUUGUCCUCCUGCUCCUCUUUCUGUUCUUGCAAGCACAGGCACUGACUUUGCUGGCGAGGGGGGCUCAACCCUCGGCCCGCCCACUCCAUCCCUUCCCGCAAGCCCCCACCCUUAACCCACCUCUUCUCCUCCGUACGUUGCGUCCUCACUUCUCCCUCUCCUGCCCACAGCAAUCAGCUGGUUUAUGGUGUUCAGGGGGGAGGGGGAAUGGAGAGAGGACUUGGCGCGCAGCCUCCCCUGCCUCCUGCCUGCAGCAAUCAGCUGGUUUGCGGCAUUCAGAAGGUAGGGGAGGGAGAGGGAGCCUGCACGCCACGUCCUCACUCCUCCUUCCUGCCUCCUGAACACCGCAAAUCAGCUGAUUGCCAUGGCUAGGAGGCAGGGGAACGGGGAAGGUGCUGAUCCGCGGGAUCCACCAGCAGGUGGGAGGCGCGGGGUGGGGUGCAUGAGGGGAGCUGAUAAGGGAGCUGCCAGCCGUUGACAAAGCAGGUGGCCAAACUACGUUAUAGCAGAGCAUUGCACAACUUUAAACAAGCAUAUUCUGUAAUGGAGCAGGGACGUAAAUUCGAAACAAUGUUAAGUGGGAGGACGUUAAGUGGGGAGUUACUGUAUCCUACUUGGAGAAAGCCUAACGUGAAAAAAGGCAUUGAUAACAGACAUGCAUUUUAAACCAGCAAUAAGGUGCUGUCUCCCUAUAGGGAGAAAUGAAAGUAUGUCUCACGCUAGUCAACUUGCUAUACCUAGGGAAAGUUGUACCCUUGAGGGGUGCUUGUCUUCAUUUCCUGAAAAUGUUUCCUGUAUUGCCUACAGUGCUAACAGGAUUGAGUAGUAAUGAAUAUUUCUAGUCAGUAAAUUAAGCAGGUAAGGCUUUAAAUACACAUGGAGAAUUGAUCUAUUAAGAAGGUGUUCCUUGUCUUAAGUAGUCACUUUUGAGAGUAGCAUUGGACUUUAAUAUUAAAGUACCUUUUGUGUGACCGAAGUCAGUACUAAAAAUGGUAAGAAAAAAAGAGCUUUGCAGCUCCUCAGAGACAAAGUGGGGAGCAAAAUAAGGAGAUAAACCAAAAAUGUAACAUGCCAGCUUAAAUUAGGAAGCAGUUAAUCACCUCUACCCACCAAAUGAAGAGAUAAUAUGGGUGUCAAAUAACAAUGCAGUUAUACAAUCAGAAUUAUAUGGCAGGAAUAUGUGUGGUGAAAAUAUGUGUGGAACUUACUGCUGCACAGUGGUCACCUAUCUAAAAGCAGAACUGUACUAUUGUUACCAUAUUAAUAAGCAUUAACCCUUUAAAAACUAGUUGGGUAGUGAUGCCUUUCCCAUCGGCACUUAGCCAUAGCAGAUUCUCACUCUCAGGAUUCUGAUGGCAUGAGGAAAGAAAAUAAUUAAUGCACAUGAAUGGAAAAUUAAGCAGAGCAUCUGAAAAAUCAAAAUUUAGUUUAUCGAUAACAUUGCAACCAAAAGCUUAGUUUACUGUACUGUACUUUACUACCUCCAGUUCCACUACCCAGAUCUGUCAGCUACAACCAGUUAUACGAUAGGCUGGCUUAUUUAUAGAGGGUCUGGAAUCUUUGAAGCAUUCUUUCAACUUUAAUAUGAGGUUCUGCUUUCUUUGUCUAAAAAUCCAAGAUUGCAUGAGUUAAUCAGUUAUCAAAUUUCCAAUCAAAGUCAGAAAAUGGCUGGAACAAAAUCUCCGACUAACUACUCAUCAGAAGGCAUCAAUGCCAUGUUUUGGCAUCUGAUUUGUCCAGCAAGUUAAUAUUUUACCACAUUGGCUGACCACAUUUUGCAGCCUCAAAAAAGCUAUGGGCAAAAAACUAAAUUGUACCAGAAGACUGGAACAGCCUUUGGCAGAUUGUACUAUACCACAUUUCACCAAAGCAGAAUCCACAGUUUUACUCAAAUCAAAAAAGCCUGUUUCCCUGUGACCAAAAAUGGCUAGCAUUCUGCUUAAAGGAUGCAAGAUACAAAAAAAAAAGAAGAGUGAUUUAACAAAAAAGCAAAUCUCUAAUCAAGAAAUGUUAAAAGAAUGUUCCUUUAAGGUGAAUGCUUUCUGGUAAUUUCUGUGGUAAUGUUAAGCAUUUUCACUGAAUAAGACCUUUAGAAUCCUGUGUUACAUUUUACACAUACUACCUCUGAAACAUAAUACCACCUUAAGACCACAUCAAAAAAUGUGAACUUUUUUUGUUUUUUAACUUUUAUAAUGGGCAAUAACUUCCAAUAGACACAUUUUCCUUCAGCUUUAUACUCAUUUUUAGUAAAGUGUUUGUGUUGCAUUUAAGGUUUAUGCUUUUUAGUUUUGUAUAUUUUUCUUUAAUUUUCGCUUUUAUUUUUUUUUCUUUUCCAAGCUACUCAAACUUUUGACAAAGGAAAGCAAUGAAUGAUGACAUGACUCCUAGCAGCAAAUAUCUCCAGUGGCUGGUGAUGGGAUACUAUGUGGGGAGGGCUCUGAGUUACUAUAGAGAAUUCUUUCCCAGGUGUCUGGCUGGUGGGUCUUCCCCCCGUGCUCAGGGUCUAACAGAUAGCCAUAUUUGGAAUCCGGAUGGAAUUUUCUCCAGGGUCAGAUUGGCAGAGACCUUGGGGAUUUUUUGCCUUCCUCUGCAGCAUGGGGCAUGGGUCACUUUCAGGUUUAAACUAGUGUAAAUGGUGUAUUCUCUGCAACUUGGAAGUCUUUAAAUCAUGAUUUGAGGGCUUCAGUAACUCAGCCAGAGGUUAUGGGUCUAUUACAGGAGUGGGAGGAUGAGGUAUGAUCAUGAUGGUCCCUGACUUUUGAGUCUACAAUAUGGGGAAGAAAAUAUGGCAUGUAUAUGUUGGGGUCAAUGGAAAUGUUACCAUCUUCUGGGUCCAAAUACUGUUAAGAUAGUAAAUAGCUGUGAUGUGUUUGGUGCAGCUAUUGCAGGCAAUAGAUAUUGCACUUAGAGAGCUCUAUCAGUGCCAAAGGACUAAUGUGACAUUUCCUAACAUAAAACAAAUUAAUUUCUGUGAUGGAGAGCAGCCAAGUGAUGAAUCUCAGCUACAUACUGAAAAGAGUAAGAUUUAAAAUCUAAUGAGUACAUCACUAUAUGGGAUUAAACUAAUCUAUCUUUAGUUUUUGUUUGCAUCUACACUUGUCUGCACAGAAAGAGAGUAUUUUUAUUUGCAUGCAAUAAAGGGUCAAAUCCUAGUCUAAGAAUAAUCAGUGGCAAAGCUCUCAAUUUUAACUGGAUCAGGAUUUGGCCCCAAGUGCAGACCAAACUGCCUAUAAAAGUUUCACAUCAAAAAGAAAAGUGCCCUUGUAAAUUCCCACCAACCCAUGAAAUAGUUUGCAGACUGUUUAAAAAAAUUUUUUUUUAAAUGUGUUAGGUAUGGGGAGAAAGUCAGGUGCAAAUAAACAUGUCAGUUGAAUCAACAAAAUUAACAAACUUUUUAAAAAAUAUUUUGGUUUUCAUUCAAUAAAGCAUGGAUAUAAACUGAAUGCAAAAGAUCUCUUAAGUGGGAAAAUUUGGCUUUUUGAAGGUGGAAGUGCUUAAAUAUUAUAAAAUGAAAAGUAUAAAAUUAUGGAAACUCCAUUGAAAAUGUGUCUUAUGAUAAACUGUGCUCUCAUAGAAAUUAAAUACAAUUUACUAAGUUUAUUACAUACAUGAUUUGUGUGUGUUUUGUGUGUGUAUACACACAUAUAGAUAUAAAACACUAAGUUAAAUAUGAUUCACUCACAUUAGCACCAUCAAAGGCAUUUUCACUUGAGGAAAUUCCAAAUGCAAUACUUGUGAAGUCGAUAUCAGUUGAAACAGGUAACUACCACAUCAUUUUUGUUUUUUCUCAUAUUCAAGACAUACUUUUGGAUUAAAUUGAACGCAUCCACAUAAAUAUUGAUUAUAUGUAAUCUUUCAUAAUUCAGAAUAACGCUGCUAGGUUUAGGCUUAAAACUACCUUGAAAAGCCCAGUAUAAUACUAUACCUAAGUAAUCUCAGCACACAAACUGUGUUGAACUUAUGAAGAGUUUAAACGGUCUUCAGCCAAGACAGAGUCCAUUUUAGUUUCACUAAAGUUUGAAAAGGUGACUUCACUGAAAGUUUAAGUGUUACUAUAUAAGCUGGUAUGCUAUUUUAAUUUGUCUAUAAAGUGCUAAGGUAACUCAUUCUCUUUAACUUAAUAUGAUGUCCUUUUGAGCCAAUUUGGCAAGUUUUGUAAAUUUAGUAUAAUACUGAAUUUCUCUGUGAAAAUCAAUAUUUAUAUUGCAUUUUUAUUGUAUGUAUUAGUAUGUGUAGCAAAAAGAUUUACCAAUCUUGAACUUGAGUACCUCUGUUAAGAUCCAGGAUAUAUGAUCUUGGUUUAUUUGAAAGAUGGAUGCCAAGUGAAAUAUUCCAUCCACUUCUAUUGAUCUUGUCUGUAUAUAUAAGGGUAUUUAUAAUCUUAUGUUAACAAAACUCAUAAUGAAAAAUGGUUAUUUCCUUCUUUAGAAACCUGCCCAGCUAUUUUUAUAUAAAUGUUGGUCUCUGCCUUAACUUUUUUGUGAAAAUUUGUGCCAUAGAUUAUUCUAACUUAACUACAGAUAGUUUACAGAACUUGCUUUGGCUCAUCUUUGGUUCACAUUUAAGUAAACUGUGACCAAUUUUAUGUGGUUAUUUGAUAGUUAAAUUAAUUUUUUUUUGCUUAAAGUUGUUUUAAUUUAUUUAUCCUGUAUAUCUGCAUCAAGGGUUUCUUCCCUAAUCUUUUUUGUCCUUUAAAGCUUUUUAAUCUAUCCUCAUAUGCACGCUUUGUUAGUUCAAGAAGUAAUAACUUUUCAUUAGUUUAUCAUAUAUAGUUUGGCAAAACCUUUAAGAAAUUGAGUCAGUGGUUAUAAAAAAAAAUGUAUCUAUAUUGACCCAAUUGGUCAGAGUAAAGGGCUAUUUACCUUUGGUAAAUUUGUCUACUAGACUCAAGGAUAUUUUUCUAAGUCGAUCAGGUUUGGGAAUCUGGAGAAAUGAAAUAAAGGUUAACGAAUUCAUUUUCCUA